AUGGAUGUAGCACAUCAAAAUCCAGCUUCAAACAAUUCUAGUGGUGCUCCCGGUCUGACAAGAAGCAAGGAACUCGCAUGUCCUGUGUGCAAUGAAAAAACGAUCGAUCUUUUGCAGCUAAACAGUCAUUUAGAUCGCGCCCAUGGUUUCGCAGAGGAGCCAGCUAGCAACGAGAUGCCACAGGAAAACACCAAGCGCAAAAAUACCAGUUUGGCUGCGAAAUCAUCCAAAUUCGCGUUAAACCGAAGUCAUUGGGUAGAACCAGAUCCGGAUUAUAGCCGGUGCCACAAAUGCUACACCAGAUUGAAUCGUUCUACCGGUCACAUAAACUGCAGAAAAUGUGGGGAGCUGUUUUGUAUACGGCAUUGCCAAAACGUUAUCAAGCUAAAUGCGAACGCGAAAUACGACCCCAUUACGGGGAAGUGGUGUCGUUGUUGCCAACAAUGUGCACACGAUAAACCAGGAUGUAGAGAUUUUGGAAGCUUUCGAAAUAGAACUACCGAAUUUCAUAGGCUUCGAAACAGCCGGACUGAAGAUCGCCAGCUGCAGUUAUUGCAGCUGGAAAAUCGGUUUGUGAGGCUCAUGAACGGUAUCUUACGCAUCAAUGCAAGGCACCAAGGUUUGAUGCUGGCGUCGUUCAGAAUCCCCAUGGAAGUAGCCCAAUUAGAAAGAACUGUCGUUCCAUGGACUCCAGAUAAUUUCGCCACCGCAUGCAACCUGUGCAAGAAGCACUUUGGUUUGACUUUGCGCAAACAUCACUGCAGGCUUUGCGGUAAAAUAGUUUGCGAUAGUGCAGAAACGGGAUGCUCCAACAACAUUCCGGUCACGAAUCUGGUAAAUGCUGCAUUCAAUCUCCCAAUUACUAAAUUAGCGGAUGCUUCUGACAUUGAGACUAGCAUUCGAGUCUGUUCCUCGUGCGUUCAGUCCCUAUUCAAGAAAGGGAAAUUCGAAAAAGAGAUGGCGAUGCCAUUAUCCAUGCUUUUUCAACUUUAUGAACGUAUGAGUUCCAUAUCUUCUGUAAUUAUCUCCGCAGUUGCGAACCUAGGAGAAGCACCGGUAAAUGGAGCCCGUUCAAACGCCCCAGAUGUCUCGGAAGUGGUUGAAUUAACGAAGAAACGACGGAAGAUGGUGGACUCCUUCUCUACUUACGACCGCCUUACGAAACAGCUACUAAAACUGAACCCAAGAAACGCAUCAGAAAGUAGAAUUCAAACCGCAAUCAUCACCCGUGCAUCAUCCUUCAUCCAAGAGAACAUGCUUCCUUUAGGCCAUCUGACAGCAAAAUUAACAUCCCAAUCGCCGUCAUCGAGGCCAUCGCAAGAAAGCUUCCCAGACAGUGAUAAUAAGAACUUGAGCAUAAAAGAAAUCAAAGACUACAGGACUCAACUCAUGGUUAUAAAAGAGCAGAGAUUUUUGGUCGAGGACAUGAUCGCUACGGCCACGAAACAUCGCAAAUUCGACGAGGCAUCGGUUCUGAACAAAAAUUUAGAGGAGUUGGACCUACAACUGAAUGGGCUGACCAACCUGCUAGGUGGAGAAGGGUUCGCUUAG